AUGGCUUUGCAAGUAAACAAAUCUGAAGUAGUCGAACAAGUGAGAGCAGUCUUUACUGAGUACGAACGGGCGUUGAUUGACAAUGAUGUCAGAACCAUGAAUACGCUCUUUUGGAGUGCACCAGAAUCGGUUCGCUAUGGAAUCGCCGAUAUUCAACAUGGUGGAGCAGCCAUAUGCACAUGGCGUGCUAAUUGUCAGCCGGUAUCGCCUCAAAGACAGAUUCAUCAUACAAUCAUUACAACAUUCGGUACUGAUUUUGCAACUGUCAGCACCGAGUUCACUGAUGAUAACGAUUCAUCUCGACACGGACGACAAAUGCAGACUUGGGCUAGAUUAGGACCGAUAUCCGAUAUGGAUAAUGGUUGGAAAAUUGUUGCCGCUCAUGUUAGUCUGGUAUCAUCAAUCCAGUGCGUAAAAACAUAG